AACUGUCAUUUGAAGUAGAAAAAUGGAGAAGAAACCAGAAGGAAAAAAGAAUGGCUGCAAAGAAGACGAUGACCUCCCUCGCAUGCAACUUAACCAUGUCUCUAGGCUCUGCAAGUCGGUGAAGGACUCGGUCGAGUUCUACGAAAAGGCGUUAGGGUUCGUGCCGAUUGAGCGCCCGCAAGGGUUCGAUUUCGAUGGCGCCUGGUUGUUUAAUUAUGGAAUUGGGAUUCAUCUAGUUCAGGCUAAGGAUGAACAGAAGUUACCUGAUAAUGAUGAAUUGGAUCCUAUGGAUAAUCACAUAUCCUUCCAGUGUGAGGACAUGGCAGCAUUGGAGAGAAAAUUGAACGAGCUGAACAUCAAGUACAUAAAGAGGACAGUGGGCGGGAAAGAAGACGGGGUGAUCGACCAGCUGUUUUUUAAAGAUCCAGAUGGAUUUAUGAUUGAGAUCUGCAACUGCGAGAAUGUGAAGCUGAAGCCUGCGGGUUCCAUUGGCCGGCUUAAACUGCCAUUUGACCGCCAUAAUCCGCCUGUGGAGCUCGACUCUAAUGCUGCGAACGCCAGCUGAAUCACGUUGAUUUUGAGAGUUAUCAUUUCCUACAUGGUAUAGAGCCAAAACCGAUCCACCCUCCCUCAUUCUUCAUCAUCGCUGCUAUGGCCGCCUCUUCUUCCGAAUCCAACCCCCUCCUGUGACAACUGUGCUCUGUAAUCGAUGUUCAAUGUAAAACAAUGUUAAUUAUUAAUAAAACGAUGUGUUUUGGUGUU